AUGGGCAUUCUAGCACGAGCAAACGAUGCUCUAAGCGUCAAUCCCCCAACAGGAGUGGCAGAAGCAUUAUCUGAGCAUGGAUCCGACUGGUUAUGGGCAGUAACAGCCAUCUACGCCGUUGCCUUCUUCGCGGCUCUAGUCCCCUGUUUCACCACACCCCCAAACAAAAGAGUCUUCCACUACAUCCUCGCAUUUGCCCUCCUAGCCGGAACAACUACUUAUUUCGCCCAAGCUUCCGACCUAGGCUGGAGCUCCAUUUCUCAAGCCGAGAACCUCGACAACGGUCUCACCCGUCAAAUCUUCUACGCGCGCUACAUAAACUGGGUAAUCGGGUUCCCGGCUCUGGUCUUAUGUCUUGGUCUUUUAGCUGGUGUAUCAUGGACAACGAUCUGCAGCAAUAUCUUCUGCGCAUGGUUUUGGGUUCUGGCAUACCUUGCUGCUGCGUAUACGACUACGGUGUACAAAUGGGGAUUCUUUGCUUUUGGGACCUUUACUUGGAUUAUCUUGGCUAUGAGUACGUUGAACGAGAGUCAUGAGUCAGCAGUCAAGGUUGGGAUUGGAAGGGAUUAUCUUAUCUUGUCUGGGCUUGUUAAUGCAGUUUGGUUCUUGUAUCCGAUUGCGUUCGGGCUGAGUGAUGGGGGAAACGUUAUUGGGGUUACGGGUGGAUUUGUGUUUUUUGGAGUUCUGGAUAUAUUGGUUUUGCCGGUUGUUAGUAUGGUUUUCUUGUUGUUUACUGGGAAGUGGGACUAUGAGAAGUUGAAUCUUGCUUUUAGUGAGGUGCGUGGGGUUUGA